GUUUUUAGCCCGUUCCUUGGUAAAGAUGGCAGCCAAUAAUGCAGUAUUGAACAGACUGGAGCAAAAGGGUGCAGAGGCGGAUCAAGUCAUUGAAUACCUCAAACAGCAAGUUGCUCUUCUAAAAGAGAAAGCUAUCCUGCAGGCAUCUCUCCGAGAAGAGAAGAAGCUUCGUGUAGAAAAUGCUAAACUGAAGAAAGAAAUUGAGGGACUGAAACAGGAGCUGAUUCAAGCAGAAAUUCAGAAUGGAGUGAAACAUAUCCCAGUUCCAUCCAGUGGAACCAUUUCCACAGCUUCAUUUUCGGAAGACUUACCACAGCCUAUACCUGUCACAUCCUAUCCUUCUGGUCCCAAAGACCAAAUUAAAGAUGGAAGUGAAGAAAAGAAAAAAAAGGAGAAAGCAGAAAAAAAAGGAGAGAAGAGGGAGAAGAAGCAGCAGCCGCCAGCAGCUGGGAAUGAUGGCUCUAGACUGAUGGAUGUUUCUCGUCUGGACCUUCGUGUCGGUUGUAUCAUCACUGCAAAAAAUCACCCUGAUGCGGAUUCUCUGUAUGUCGAGGAGGUGGAUGUUGGAGAAACAAACCCAAGAACUGUUGUUAGUGGCUUAGUGAAGCAUGUGCCUCUUGAACAGAUGCAGAACCGGAUGGUAGUAUUACUCUGUAACCUGAAGCCUGCAAAGAUGAGGGGAGUGGUAUCUCAGGCAAUGGUGAUGUGUGCCAGCUCACCAGAGAAGGUGGAGAUCCUUGCUCCCCCCAGUGGGGCUGUUCCUGGAGAAAGAAUCACCUUUGAAGGUUUUCCUGUAUUGAUCAACUGCACCCAAAUCUGCUGUUCAAGUGUUUUGUGUUUGAAGGAUGAAGAAUUUCUAAAGAAAAUGGUUACAUGGCAGUCUCAAAAUAUAAACCGAGCUAGUCAUUACAAAUAUAUCAUAAGAGAUAUGCACACAUACUUACCAUGAAAAAUAGUUCAUAACCUUAAACCAAAUUAACUCAUUAGUAAAUUCCAAAACUGGAAAGAACACAUAAUUGCCCAAUAUUAGCCACUUUUUAUUUGAAACCAAGGAAAUCCCUGAGAUGAAACAUCUUAAGUCACAUUCUUUUUUUUCAGAUCUUGGAUUCCUUUUGCUUUGACAUUUUCCCAGUGUGGUUUAGCUGGCACUCUGCUGAUUCAUUCUGUUGGAAAAUGUGCUAUUUAAUUAUGUCAAUCUAUUUAACAGGCAGACUUGAAGAGUGCAAAACACUGAAAUUAUCUGCCUUCAAAAAAAAAAAGCUGUUGUGAGAAACACAUUGUUGUGAAUAGAAAACAUAUAUGUUUUCUUUAUUACUCAUUGUUUCCAAAAAAUGUUCAAACUCCCUUAUGCUAUCAGUUCUACUGGACAUGCAGUGGGUAGCACAAGCUGCAGAAUAAGCUUUGCUAGUGGGAAAAUCCUAGUGACAGGAUCAUGAGGGUCAGCCUUGACUGCUCUUUCUCUUAAGCAUAUUUUAUGCUGAGGUCAAACCCAAAAAUCUGGUGUUCAUGCACACUGGUAUUCUACUGACACAGUCUCUUUCUGGAAAGCUGUAUUAUAAAUUAAAUGUGGUGUGAUAGUUCUAAACCUUGGGCCUGCAGCCUGUGAUAGAAGACUUUGUAUGUUGUACAACAGCUUCCUUCUGAUAGGAAGCCAUGUGUCUACAAAAGUAGUAAGGGUACGGGAGGCGGAAAGUUGGAAGAACCCUGCCAACCCAGUUGUAAAUGGUGCCCCUUCAUUGGCCUUACCCUGCAACAAUUUUUUUUGUCCUUCACUAUCAUAAACAUUCGUUUCGUAAAAGAAUAAUAGAUUGAACCAAAAUACAAAAGUAAAAAUUUCUGGGGCACACGGAAGUGUGAUUCAUGUGACACUUUUUCUCCAUUCCCAGUCCACCCAAGUAGAUGUUUUCCAUCCCCAAUGUUAAAUUAUAGAAAUCCUGGUUCACAUAGUAUGAAUCAGAAUUGUAAUUGGAAAUACAUUGGAUGUUAUGGCUGGUAAUUUCUUUCACUAUGGGCUACCUUGGAGCCUAUCUCUAACUUUCAAAGAGAUUUUAAAAUCAUAUCCUUCUAAACUGCUCCUCCUACAGAUUAACCUUAGUGAGAACGUGAUCCUGCCAAUGUCCUUUGUGAGCUGUGUGUUAGACCGUUCGCUAUCUCUUAAGAACAGUGAUCAAAACAGUAAACAUUUAACCUGGAACUGUCCCACAUUGUGUCUUCUUGCUAAAGCUACUAAAGUAGUGAUUUUAUUUUUUAAAUCAGAUGGGUGAAGAGUGUCUCCCUUGGGUUGACUCCUGCAUUAUCUUUAUUACCCAUUGUUUCCAAAAAAAAUUCAAAUUCCCGUAUGCUUGUGUUAAUCCUGCUGACAGCUUUGAGCGGUCAGCCUUGACUUGCUCUUUAUCAUGUCAUAUUUUAUGUUGAGUCCAAACUCAUAAAUCAAAAAUAAAUUAUCAGAAAUAACAUUUGAAAAUGAGGAAAAUGAUCACAGAGCUAUGGAGCUCUGUUACAUUGCAUCCUGUCUGUUCUUGUACACCAAGCCACCUGCCUAAUGGGGCACUUCUGUAGCAAAACAGUUAGAAUUACUUUUAAGGAAAGCUUCGAUCCAUCAUUAGAUUUCCAAAAGUCUUUUCAUAGUGAGAAUCAGCUAUGUCCGCCUUUGUUAUAAAAUUGUUCCCAGGUGUUGGUGCAUAUUGAUAUUCUAUUGACGUAUUCUGUUUCACAAAAGCUGUAUUAUAAAUUAAAUGUCGUAUGAAAGUUGUACUUUAGAACUAAACCUGUGGCCUGCAGUCUAUGAUAGAGCAUUUGUUAUGCUUUACAACCAGUUCCUUCUGAUAUGAAGCCAGAGACAUCUGGGGAGAUUUGAUGCUGCCAAAUGAAGAUUUUUACAACCAUUUUUUCUUUAAAUUGAUUUCUGGAGAUACACAUUUUAGCUACAAAAUAUGGCAACUAUUCCCUAAAGCACCAAUGGAAAAAAUAAUUUUUUUCAGAAAAACUGGUAGCUACGAGACAAAGCCAAUAACUGUUUUUGAGGAUACACCAUUCAUUCUUAACAGCACAAAAUAGACAUUCUAGAAUAGAACCAAUCAUUACAUAUGAAAACAUACAAAACAUAGAUCAAUAAAUAUGAGGAAAGGCUAGAGCAAGCCAACUUGAUAUAAAAGAUAUUCUUUUGCUAGUUGUGAAGGAAACACUUCUAAGUGGCAGUCAGUUUUUGGCAGGAAUCAAGAGUAUUUAUAAAUCGCAAUAAGGUAAUUGGUAUAAAGCAGCACACAAGAUGGAAGGAAUCAUGCAUUCAUACGGUAUAUAGACUAAAAUUUUGAAGGAUAUUAUCAAUGUUUAUUUUUAAGCUUUUUUCUUUUUUUAUCGAUUUUAAAUUUUCAGUUUUUCAAAAUUAUGUGUGUUAAGCUUUCAGAUUUUGUCCAUAUAAAUUUUCACAGUUGUGGGAGAUUGAGGGAUCAGACAGUAGGGGGAGUCAGACAGUAAUUAUUUAAUGACAGUAUAUGUUAAGAUUUAAAAAGUUUAAGCUUCAUAGCCAUUAAAACACAAAUUGUCAACAUAUCGCAUGUCCAUAAAAUCUGUGUCUUCAAAUCAAACUCAAGUCCUCAAGCAGCAUUUUUCUUGCUUUGCCCACCUAUAAAUUUCAAACAUCAUCAAUGGAAAUAUUUUUCCUCAGUUUGUGUGUACUGUGAAAUUGACAUUUACCAUUAAAAAGUCUAAUCCUUCCAAGCCUAAGUGUAAAUAAUAUAUAGCGUGGAAGGUUCGUUUUGUUGUUUAAGAGUAAAUAACUUGCAAGACUUCACAUAAAAUGUAAAUGCAAAACAGAUGUAAUUUAGUAUAUUUCAUUAGGUUCAUUUUUAGGGAUGAGGAAGUAGGACGGGGAAAGAGUGCUGAUUUAAUCACAGUAAAAAAAAAAAACAAAAAAAAACCUGUGAAACACACA